CGUUGAGAAGUGCAUCUGAUACGAUGAAGACCAUUAUCGCUUUUUCGGCUUUUGUAGCCGUAGCAUUUGCUGCUAACCUCGAACAUGCUGAUCCCAAACACAUUCCCAUCAUCAGACAAGAAAACGAAGUCAGCGUCGAUGGAAACUACCGUUCAUCAUUCGAAACCGGAAACGGAAUCGUUAUCCAAGAGCAAGGUGUCCUUAAAAACGCUGGUAGCCAAGAUGCGUCUUCUGAAGUGGUUGGAUCAGCAGAAUGGAAAAGCCCCGAAGGUGUUCCAGUAGUACUUAAGUAUGUAGCUAAUGAAUUUGGAUUCCAACCUGAAGGAAGCCAUCUCCCAACCCCACCAGUAGACAACAACACACCCCCACCAAUACCAGCAGCAAUCCUUAGGUCUUUGGAGUGGAACGCUGCUCAUCCAGAAGAGGAUCCAGAAAAUCAAAGACCCCAACGUCAAUUUAGCCAAUAUAAUAUUCAUAAAUGCAUGUUCGAAUCCUUGUUCGUCCUUGAAAUAAUAAAAUGGACCAGCUUUGCCUCAACAAAUAUCAGCAACUCUAAAUCUGAAUAUUUGUGUCAUCAAGGUGUGUAUAAAUUUGGUGCCAAAAUAAAGAGUGACCAUAACACGUUCAGAAGUGCAUCUAGCAAGAUGAAGACCAUUAUCGCUUUCUCGACAAUUGUAGCCGUAGCAUUAGCUGCUAGUCUCGAGCACGUCGACCCUAAGCAUAUUCCCAUAAUCAGACAAGAAAACGAAGUCAGCGUCGACGGAAACUACCGUUCUUCAUUUGAAACUGGAAACGGAAUCGUUAUCCAAGAACAGGGUGUUCUUAAAAACGCUGGUAGCCAAGAUGCCUCUUCUGAAGUAGUUGGAUCAGCAGAAUGGAAAAGUCCCGAAGGUGUUCCAGUAGUGCUUAAGUAUGUAGCUAAUGAAUUUGGAUACCAACCCGAAGGAAACCUUCUCCCCACUCCACCAACACCUCCACCAAUUCCAGAAGCAAUCCUUAGGUCUUUGGAAUGGAACGCUGCUCAUCCAGAAGAAAAUGAAGAACAUCAAAGACCACAACAUCACUAAAUUAUAAUUGAAAAUUGUAAAUAAAUCUUAUUUUUCUAUGAUU